UCAACGAGGGUGGAAAGGCCCCCGCUCUAGCAACAGCCCCUCAGCAAAACCCUCCCUUUCCUGCCCAUUCCACCUGCUUGCCCGCCACGCCCUGCUCCGCACCAUGUGUGCGUUGCCCUUCUGCAGCAGCACGCUGCGUCGAGCCCGCCACCUGUCCGCCGCUGUCUCACGGAAUAACUCCGCGUCGCCCUUCAUAUAGACAUGCAGGUGGCCGUCGCCCUUCAUAUAGACAGGUGGCCGCACGUGCCGGGCCAUGCGGUUGACAAGGGCAGCCGCCUCGUCCCCCCACCGCCCGUAGCUCUCCGCCGACAGUGGGACGAUGGUGAAGUUGCUUGCCCUGGCCUCUGUGCCGUAUUUGCUGUGCUUCCUGUCGGCCGCAUUGCGCAGCGCCAU